AGUACAAUUCAAUUCUCGUGCAAUAUUUGACUACAUUUCAUUGCUUGCAUUAUUGUUAGAAGAAAGUUCCUACAGUCAACAGCUAUUAAAAACCGUCAAACGUUAAUAUUUCAUAAAGCGUAUUUUAAAUUAUUGAACAACUCACAUUUUAUUGAAUUGAAAUUAUAACUCUUCCCAAAAUAUGGCUCAAUCACAGGACAAAAAUGAACCACAACCUUUAGCUCCUCCAUCAAAAAUAAGUUGGAGUAUCAAAAAUCCAAUAUCUCUUAUAUUCGAAGUUGUUCUUAUUUACUAUAUGUAUUGGAUUACAUUGUACUUUAAAAUGUUAAGAGUGUUUUUACCUAAAUCAAAGAAAUCAGUUAAAAAUAAUGUUGUGUUGAUUACAGGAACUGGUAGAGGUCUUGGCCGCGAGUUAGCACUUGAGUUUGCUAAAUUGGGUGCCAAAGUAGCAUGUGUUGAUAUCGAUAGUGCAAGCAACGAAGAGACAGCUCAUAUUAUCAACAAAGAAGUUCACGGAGCAGUAGUGAAGACUUACACGGUAAAUGUAGGAAUACGACACGAAGUUACAAAUUUGGCCGUAAAAGUUGAACUCGACUUGGGACCAGUUGACAUUUUGAUUAACAAUGCUGCUGUUAUUAUCGGGCACACGUUCCUAGGCGCUAAGGACGAUACAAUUGAAAAUAUCAUCAACAUUAACCUGCUUGGUCACUUUUGGAUGAUACGUACUUUCCUACCAAGCAUGAUUAAGAGGAACAGCGGACACAUUGUUGCCAUAUCGUCUACUGCAUCACUCUGUGGAUUGGCUAAACUUUCAGCGUACUCAGCUACUAAAUCUGGAGUUAAUGGUAUGAUGGAUAGUCUUAGAGAAGAACUCCGAAAUAAUCCUAACAACAAUGUUCAAACUACAUUAGUUGAACCUGAUUUGAUGAAUACUAGUGCUGAUUACAUGAAAUACAUCAAUACAAGAUUACCAGUAUUAUCGGUCACAAAAGUAGCAAAAGCAACUGUUAAGGGAAUUUUAACAAAUGAGGUUGAAUUUUCUGUUCCUUCAACUGCGUACUAUACCAACACUUUCCGAAAAAUAUUGCCUGUCAAUAUAUCGGAUUCUUUAAAAAAUAUAUUCUAUGUGAGGGUCUUAUUGCCAACACAUGAAAAUCAAGAUAACCAAUCAAAUAUGAGGAUAAUUCAUCAAACACAAGCUGUUAAAUAAAAUUCUACUUGUUAAUUUAUUUUAUAAAUGUUUUAUUCUUUAUUAUUAUUUUUUAAUAUUUUAUUGUUUGAAUUAUUUUAACUUGAUUUUUACUAUAAAUGGAAUAUAUUUGUUACUCUGUGAAACGAUUUUUAAAUAAAUUAAAUUAGAACAAAC